AACACUUGAAACGCGAGAAAAAAAAACUUCAGGACCGCGCACGGUUGAUGGGCUUAUGGAUUUUCAAACUGCACUCGAUCGUUCGUUUCUCUCCCGGGUUGGUUGGGCGAUCAAACGGUCAGGCGGCUUCGAACGGGUAACAAGUUUUCUCGGCACGUCGUCGGUACGCAGUUAUUGGCGAUCUUGCGCGAUUGGUUUUCGGUUCGUCGGUUUGUUUUCUUGGGUGAUUUCGGUUUUCGGGAGUUUUGGAAAAGUUUUUGGUGGAUUGAAUGUGGUGUUUUGCAAAUGUGAAACAGUCGAAGAGUUACGCAGUUGUCGAUGCGGGUUCGUGUCCUGUGAAAUGAAAGCAAACCCUUUUGGAUGUUUGAGAAUUUCCGUAAAAAACAGGGUUUUUGAAACCUUCAAAUUGCAUUUCAUGUAAGAAGUGAAUGGGAAUUGAACCUUCGGUUACGAAGAAACAUGAUGCGAUAAGAAACAAGUCGGUAAAAGUGUGGGAUUCAGAAAGGUGAUAAAGACGAUACAAUCGUUUAAAAACUUGUGUUUUCGGCUGCGAAAAAGUGCUUUCUCGAGCGAAUUGAAAGGUGGAUAAGCGUGAGAUAAAAAAGAAGAUUAAUCCAAGUGGCUUUGCGUGUUGCAGGUAAGCAACUCGCUCCAGUUGGAGUGUUCUACACACAUGCGACACUGCACGAAGCAGAGGAAAAGAGUGUCAAAGUGAGAAAAACAUCAACAAAGUCCGCAGCGGAGGGCGGUCUGUUUUCGAGUGGAUCGGUGUUAUUAAUUUUGUCCGGAGAAAAGUGUGAGGAAUCGAUCGGUUUCAAGUGCUGUGUGGGAACGGGAGUGCGAGAUAUAUCAAUAUAAGUGAAGACGGAGUCAUAUGGUUAUCAAAGGAAUCAAUUUUGGAUUACGAAGCGGAAAGGAGCAGCCAACGGUAACUGUUUUUAAAGGACCAUCAGUAAACACUAUGGAUUGUAUUUAGGAGAACCAACGCUAUCAUAAAUUAUAUCAGAAUGUAUCACACGUCGCCGCCAUCAUCAUCCGGAACACAUGCUGCCACAUUGCCAAGACCCUCCUCCAGUGGUCACCAACGUCACCACCAUUUACCGCCGUAUCCCUCUCAGCAGCAGCAGCAACAGCAGCAUUUUUAUGCCGGACCGGGGACAUCCUCUUCCAAUACGGCGCUUCGAGUCCCCUUGCCGCACUCAUCGUCAUCGAACUCAUUAUCAAACCUUGUAGCAGUAGUGACAGAUGUCGCCCCGCUCCACGCCAGACUUAAAAAGAGCCACAAUCAAAAUCAGCAGCAGCAAGUACUUCCAGAACAGCAUCAACAACAGCAACAUCCGAGGCCAAUUGUUUACCAGAGUGGGCAAUCGGGUCAGCAGCUGCAACAACAACCGCUAAAGGCCGGACCGAGACCCACUUACGGUGCCUAUACGAAUAACACUUUACCGCGGGGGCCUUAUCUUCAAUAUAAGUAUAACAAUAUUAGCAGUAUUCCGGCGGCAGCAGUGUCGCAGCCGCAGCCGCCGCCACCGAGCUCUGACAAUAAUAGCAGUGGCGCCCGGUUCGAACUUCAGUCCAAGCAGAUUCAAGCCCUGCGUUCGGAAUUCCUCGAGCUGGCCACUCACCGGGCCCAGCGGAAACAGCAAACGGCCGAACACUGCGGCAACGACGACCGGGACUCGCUCCGGAGCACCAAGUCGGGCAACUCGACCGCCUCUUCCACGGCCACGGCUGCCACGGCGAUAGUCGGAACCGUGGGGACCUACCAGCAUCAUCUUCAACAGCAACAUCAACAUCAACCGCAACAACAACAACAGCAAUUCCAUCACCAACAACUGCAACAGAAUCAACAAGGCUGUGCUAGUAAUAGUAGUAGUAAUAGUAAUAGUAACAGUAGUAGUAGUAAGCGGCAUCACUACCAUCAGCAGCAGAAUAUCAACUACCAUUAUCAACAUCAGACGCAACAGCUUCAGCAUCAGCCUUCACGAGCCGGAUCGGCUGCUGGCGCAGGAUCAACGGUGGCGGAUGGAGGCGGGACUUUAAACCGUGGUGGCGACGGAAGUGGACGCAGCCGAACCGGAGGCGGUCCCACCGGGUACUGCCUGAGCUACGUUACGCUGGCGGAUGUGGUGGCCCUGAAGCGGGUCAGCCAACCGGAGGGAUGGGCACUGCUGUGUCAAUCGGUGCAGGCACUGCAGGAUCUGUUUCUGUCGGACACACCAUCGAUUACGAAGGUUCGACCGCUGAUAUCCCCCACUGGGCUGCAAAUUACCUCCCGCGGGCGGGUCGUGUUCAACAUUGUUUCGGUUAGCCAGCCACUGGCGGAAGCGGCAACAACAAUUACGGCCGGUUCCGGUGCGGAGAGCCAACUCGUGAUGCCACCACCAUCGUACGUCAAUCUCAAGAGCUACCUUUCGCCGGAGUACAUGAACUGUCUGGGCAAGAAGCCCACCUUCACCGAGUCGGAUGUUGAGAAGAUGUGGAUCUACUCGCUCGGUGUAACGCUGCAGAAAACUAUUUCAUCAUUUUCGGUCAACUAUCAACUGCAGCAGCAGCGAACCGCCGGAGGAGGCGGUGGAAACGAUGCCGAUGGACGACGUAGUGCCGGCUCAACGCCAACCGACGAGGAUGGCUUGACCGCGCUGGACCACGUGAUCCUGGCCAUGUGCGAAGCGAACAUCUACAAACGGGCCAGUCUCAUGUUUCUGCUUGAUAUCAUUUCCGACUACUGCAAGAACCAUCACCUGUAUAAACCAUUCUCGCACAUGGUGAUCGACCUGUUCAAGGAAGUCGUAUCAUCCGUCUCCACUCGAGUGGAAGUGAAACAGCCUAAGCAAAUGACCGAGUCCUAUGAAGAGCAAAAAAGCGACACCGAUUCCGGCCGGAGCUCAGACCACGGGGAACUGGAAAUACAUCGCAAACGGGACGUUCAGCAACAACCCACGCAACUAGCGGACAACUACGGAAUCACCAUCAGCGGUCACGACCUGCAGCAGGCUCGUUACUUCGGUUCCACGGCAAACCUUCGGGUGAAGCGUGCCGAACCGGACGAUAACAAAUUCCGAUCCCUGCCCCGACCGACGGACUCCAACAAGCUGGAGCCGGUCCGGAACUACGCUACCAUUGGCUACUCGAAAAGUAUCCGCGCAGCAGCGGGAACGGAAGGCGAUCCCAAGAAGCUGCACGUAGUUCGCCGGAGGCACAAUGCCGAAAUGAUGCGAAAGCGGAACGACGCCCGCAGAAAUACCAUCGACGUGACAAUGGUGGAGGUCAAGAUGGCCGAGGUACAGAAUCAGCAGGAGCAAGUGGGACGACUGCAGCGCAGUCAAACUCGGUUGAUUCCGUCCAAGUCGACCACCCAGUUGAACCUAAUCGACGGCGGAAGUGACUUUCAGCGAAAGAUUGACGAGAUGAGCUUCAACGCUACGUCGAUGCCAAAUCUUGGAGCCCCUCUGGUAUCGGUGCAGCAGACAAACCCAGUGUUCGCUGAAAGGCACAGAGAAGAUUUCUCCCUGGGGCGAUCCAACAGCCGAGUCGAGUCCUUCGAUGAAGCUAGGAACUCCCCGUCGGAGGUCAACCACGGGCCGGAGUUCGUGCGUAAUGCCUUCACCCCUCCAAAAGUUAUCGACCUCACCGAUAGCAAAACUCAACACCGCCGAACUGUGACAAUUCUUCUACUGAAUGGAACCAAAGUGAACGUCAUCUGCAACCCCACAACCACCAUUGCCAAACAGGUCUUUGAGGCUAUUUUGAGGUUGGAGAAACUGUCCGAAAAUUUCUUCCUAGGACUCUGUGCAUUAAUCGGAGGUGACUUUGUCUUCCUUCCGCAUGAUCUCAAGAUCUACAAGGUCGCUCCACAAAUUUGGGUCAACACAUCGAAGAAAACGGCUACGCUUGGAGACAACGUAGUUUUCACCCUUUAUCUGCGGUUAAAGUUCUUCCUGCCGACGUUACGUGGAGUCAGUUGCACGGAAUCCCGCCACCUUUUGUAUCUGCAGCUGCGCAAAAGCAUUCUGGAGCGACAGAUUCUCUGCUCGGAAGACGACCUCAUUGCUUUGGGUGGACUCGCUCUGCAGGUGGAAGUCGGCAGCUUCAAAGAGAAUAUGAAAUACUCGGAAUAUUUUACCAUUUCGCAUUACCUGCCAGAGGAAGUCUACCGCAAGAAGAAGGAACUGGCCAAGUACCUGCGAAGUUCACACUUCUGCAAGCGUGGACUGCACCAGCUGGAGGCCGAGCACAACUUCAUCCGUUACGUGCAGGAGCUGAAAGAGUACGGACUGCAUCUGUACAGUGCCACGUGGACAACGGAGGAGAACAUGACGCUGGAGGUGUACGUGGCGAUUUCGUUGAGCGGAGUGGCCAUCUUCGAGCGGAACUUGAAGUACAAUUCAAAGGGUUCGCAGCAACAGGACUUCAACAGCGGUAAGAGCGCAUACCAGAGGCAUCUGUAUGCGUUCUUCGAUUGGCUUGAGAUUGAGAACAUUUGCUUUUCGAAGCACGUGUUCUGCGUGGUGGUUCGGAGGACGGAAAGCUUGAACCCGAAGGACAAGAGCCGGGUCAAGUACAAGCUUCGGAUGGAUGGAAGGAAGAGCUACUUUGCGUUCAACCUGGCAUCUGAGCAUCACAAGUUCUACAUGAAACUGCGUAAUUCGUUUGUCUCAAUUAAAACCUUAUCGAACGAACUGAACAUCCCCAUUGUGGAACCGGCACGAGUCGGCCCGAGCCCACUGGCCGUCGAUCCCACCAGCCCGCAGUUGAACGUGGCCGAUGUUGAUGAGAAGGCAGCCUUCGACGUCAAGCACGUGGACAAAAUCGACAAACCGGUAAAGUCCACCGGGCUGCGGGUGCGCAACCUCAAAAAGUCUAUGCUCAACGACAACCGGCUGGCAAAGCUGCGCCAAAAGUUCCUCAUCAAGAGAUCCAAGUCAUCGGUGGAGGGUCCUGCUCCGGCGUUGAACCAAUCGGUCGAGAUCACAAACCAGCAGAAUCAGAACAAGGAGAACGAAAAUCCGGAACCGAUGGGUCCGAGCGGAAUCAGCAUGUCGCCGGAUUGUUCGCCGAAUGCGCCGCAAAGUGUCAACCGGAAUCGCGUCAAAAUGGGCACGCGGGUGUUUUCGGCGCAGUUUUUGAACAAAUCGUAUGACAAUCUGUACGAACAGACCGGGAUCGGAAGUGGAGCGCUGAGUGGAGCGAACUCGAUCCAGAACUUGGCGAACAGCAGUUUCAACGAGGACGAUGAGAUGUUUGUGGGGUACGAGAGGAAGGCGGACCCGUCGUUGAUCGAGAGCAGCGUGGAUGAUGCGUUGUCGAUGAAGAGCAGCAUGGGAUCGGUGUACUUCAUGGAGAAGAUCCAGGAGAAGAUGAUGGGUGGGAGCGAGGAGACGUUGUCACCGAAGGCGUGUGUGAUACAAUCGAGUAUACGAAGUGAAAGUGGACACUUUGACCUGCCGAAUGAAACCAUUUCCGAUACGUUGCUGGAGAAGUUCAAUGACCUUAGCUGCAGUGCGGCGAUAAACGAUCGGAUUUUGACAUCGGUGGUGGUGGUGAAGGAUUUCAUUAACCCGAACGAAAAGCGGAAUCAAUCGGCAGAAGCUAGAGCUAGUUUAUUGGCUAGGAAGCGAUCUUUCUUAUCAAGGAGUCAAGAGUCGGUUCUGUUUAAAAAUGGCGGUCCCAGGCUGAAGGCCUUUGGUGCAGAUGAUCUUAGUUCGGACGGUGGAAUUGCGGAUUGUGAGGGAAGCAGUGAGGAUGGCCAGGGAGCAAGAUAUACGUUGGGGAUCAGCAUCGUACAGGGCUCGGAUAACAAUGUCUAUGUAAAAGAUUUGGUGCCGAAUGGGCCAGGUGCGAGAGCCGGAGUUAGGAUUGGUGAUCAGAUUAUAGCUGUCGAUGGUAGAUCACUUCUGAAUCUAUCGUACAACGAAUCUCUAUCGAUCCUGCAGAACACUGGUCGUACAGUGGAACUGGUCCUCUCGCAAAUCUACGUCCGUCCGGCGUUAAGCUCCAGCACGAUGAACAUUCAUCAGUCAAGCAAUAGUAUCAACAAAAUCUACCAAGAGGAUUUGUAUCCAUCGAAGUUGGACGCGGUGCGGCAGGCCACGGCUUCCGUUUCCAAAUCCAACAGUUUGUAUAUAAAAAAUGGCGCUCAAAGCAAUCAACAGCACCCGAAAAGAAGUCCCGUAGUUGGCGUCAAAACUUAUGAAGACAUUGGAAACCACUUCGAGGCGCUUCGAUCGUAUUACCAGCAGCAAAGCCAAACCCAAUCAGAUGAUCGGAAAGUGGGCAACCAGCACCGAUACACCAAGAACGUGGCAGACAUCCUGCGUACCAGAAAUCGAGCUAACGAAAGUCUCAACUGUUCUUCACCUGGAAUGCUCUCACCCUCCAAGAGCAUGCCUGACCUGCCAAAGAUCCUCCAAGCGUACACCAAACCCACGUCGAUCAGCCCAACGUCCUCCAACGGGUCCGGUUCGUCCUCCUCGACCCUAUCGUACGGCUCGAGCCGAUCGCAACCGAAAUCCCUUCCACCACCGAAGACGAUGGGCCUGUCGCGGAAGUACACCGGCCCUAUUCGGUUUCCGGUGACCCCGGCCAAAGACUGCAUGCGGACCAUUUCGGUACAUCCGACGGGCAAGAUCCAGCUCUCGCUAUCGAAUGCCUCCGAGGACGGACAGGUGUUCAUCUAGGUUAGAAUCCCUCACAUAGAUUGCUCCCACAGUUGUAUGCCAGUUUAGCCCUGUUUUGUGCUUGUAUUUCCUAGGCUUAGACAAUAAUGUGUAAUAAUAGAUACUAAGUGAAAGCUUGUUGAGUGAUUACUGAUUAUGGCUGUUUGCGUUUGUUAAGCUUGUAUGUGUGUUCCCUUUAUCACACCGGUUUCAUUCACCCGCAACCCAUAUUAGCGAGUAGGUAGUUUCAGUUAGUUGAAUGAAGCUCUUCGCCUCGUUCUGUUUCAUAUUGAAUCUGUUUGCAAUCGUAUAUACAUAUAGUUACAACCUGGGCCCGCAACGCGCCGGCAAGUUUAUUAUUAUUAUUAAUUAAAAGUGAAAACUUUUCACGUCGAUUGAAGCAUAA